AAUCCUGAAUAUUAAGACUAUUAUAAACACCCCGGCUUGCUGCAGUUGUUGUGAUGAUGAUCCAUCAUAGGACGUUCUGCAGCAGCUGCGCACACUGUCAUCACCGACUAGAGUUGAAGACCGGGGGACGACGACGACGACGACAAGGGGGGGUUCAACGCAAAAACAGACUACCGAACCCGAAACCCCUACUACGCCCCCCGUGACAACUCCUCCUCACAUUCCGGUGCCCUCCGUGACAACUCCUCCUCACAUUCCGGUGCGCAAAAACAGACCACCGAACCCGAAACACCUACUACGCCCCCCGUGACAACUCCUCCUCACAUUCCGGUGCCCCCCGUGACAACUCCUCCUCACAUUCCGGUGGGUCGUCCGGUUAUUGGCAAAGCCUACAAUGAGCUACUGACUACAGCGGCUUCAUAACGGGUUUGUCGGCGAAUCAUCGUGCUGCAGUUGUUAUUUCGCGAGCCAGGACAGUCUCACUUGUGUCUUUCAAGCCAAUGACUCUGCCCGCUUUCGUCAUUCGCUCUUCAGUGUUACAUCAGAUAAUAGUGACAUCAGACUUUGAUGGUGGACGUUUUUUAUUAUUCCCUUGAACGGAUAUAAUGGAGUGAAUUGACCUGCACGAGAGGGGCAACCGUCAGCAGUUUUCUUGCGUGUGAUGAUAGGAGACACAAUGACGCUGUUGUCUCUUUUGGGUCGGAUCAUGCGUUAUUUCCUCCUCAGGCCAGAGACAUUGUUUCUGCUAUGCAUUAGCUUGGCUUUAUGGAGUUACUUCUUCCACACGGACGAGGUGAAGACCAUCGUCAAGUCCAGCCGGGAUGCCGUGAACAUGGUGAAGGGGAAAGUGGCGGAGAUCAUGCAAAACGACAGGUUGGGGGGCCUGAACGUCCUAAACGCUGAAUUCUCCAAAACAUGGGACUUCAAAAACAACAAUGUAGCAGUGUACUCCAUUCAGGGGCGGCGCGACCACAUGGAGGACCGAUUCGAGGUACUCACCGACAUCACCAACAAGAGUCACCCGUCUAUAUUUGGGAUAUUUGACGGACACGGUGGUGAGGCUGCGGCAGACUAUGUAAAGGCCCACCUUCCAGAGUCUCUGAGGCAGCAGCUGCUGUCCUAUGACAGGGAGAAGAGGGAGAGCGUUCUCUCCUACCCCAGCAUCCUGGAGCAGCGUAUCCUGGCCAUAGACCGAGACAUGGUGGAUAAGCUCUCCGCCAAUCACGAUGAAGCAGGUACUACAUGUCUGGUGGCCCUGCUAUCGGACAGGGAGCUGACGGUGGCCAACGUUGGGGACUCACGAGGCGUGUUGUGUGACAAGGACGGAAACGCUGUGGCAUUGUCACAUGACCACAAGCCAUACCAGCUGAAGGAGCGCAAGAGGAUCAAGAGGGCAGGGGGCUUCAUCAGCUUCAACGGCUCGUGGCGCGUCCAGGGCAUACUGGCCAUGUCUCGCUCGCUUGGCGACUACCCCCUGAAGAACCUCAAUGUGGUCAUCCCUGACCCCGACGUGUUGACCUUUGACCUGGACAAGCUGCAGCCCGAGUUCAUGAUCCUGGCGUCGGACGGGCUGUGGGACGCCUUCAGCAAUGAGGAGGCGGUGCGUUUUGUGCGCGAGCGCCUGGACGAGCCGCACUACGGUGCCAAGAGCAUCGUGCUGCAGUCUUUCUACCGUGGCUGCCCCGACAACAUCACCGUCAUGGUGGUCAAGUUCAAGAGCGGCCCUGUGGGGAACAAGGCUGAGGAGUAGAGGCGGUGAUGAGGUCACGAUGAGGUCACAAGGUCGUGUUAUAGUUAGACUCUUCUACCAUAUGGAUAGUGCAGCAAGCAAUCAAUGGGGAGGAUUGGGAACUGUUGCAACCUGCAUACCUGGCAUUCUCUUUGACACGCAUGUACACCCACACCAACACCCUAAACUAUGUUGUUUGUUUUUCAUUUCUGACUAUGACUUUUGGAUAGAGAAGUAUUUUUGUUUGAAUUAUGGCCUUAACUCUGAAGCUGGAGUGCUUGAUCAUCUUGACACACACACACAGAGAGAGAGAGAUCACCUCUUCUUCAUCACUGAGAAGAUGACUCUCUGACUCAAACAGUACAGCAAACGGAUCUACUGUUCUCUGUACACACUCUGGCAGUGUAUUCUACUGUCACAGGACUGAUAAUGUUCUGAAGAAAAUUGUUUUUAAAAAAUGCAUCUUUGAGAAUUUCAUUUUUGUGGAAUGUAAAUCAAUGAGAGAGCUAGCUCCAGCCAUUGCCUUUUUCGUCAACAUAGUCUUAACAGGGAUGAUGUUUAGUUACUGUAUUAUGGUACUGGACCUGUAUAGGGCAUUUGUUUAGCCUAUCCAUGUUUGGGAAAGAUCUGUGGAUUUUAGCACACAGGUGUUGAUGCCUUCGACCAUGGGAAUCGUACGGACUGGGAGGUGCAACUCAGACUGCUUAUUAAAGCACUGUUACCCAUGGUGACCGACUUGAAGGCUACACAGCAGAAACAGGAAGGCUAAUUGCCAGUAAUACGCAUAUGAUGCAAUAUGAUUGGAGUGAAUACUGAUGUGUUAAUAAGGUCAGGAUCAAGUUAGAGACCAAGGAUGGGCAACUUUGCUCCGAGAGCAGCAGUGCGUGCAGGGUUUUGUUCCAGCCCAGCACACCUGAUUCUAAUAGAUGGUUAUCCAGGACAAGAGUUGGCCACCCGUGUGUUAGUUUUACUACUGUUCUACUGUAUUGAAAAGUACUAUUACGACUGUAUUUACACAGGCUCACCUCAGAAUUAGACUUUCAUCCAUGUUUCUCAAAUGUCAAAAUUCGAAGUUGUUCCAAACAGCAAAUUGUUUAAGGUUAUGUUUAGGCAUUAACUCAAAAUCUUUAAGGUUAGGGUAAAGUUUAGGCAUUAACUCAUUAUUCUUAAGGUUAUACA